ACCCUCUCCCCACCCAGUUGCCAUUUCCUCACCGGCUGCACUUUGGACGCCCUGGCACACUCUGGUGGAGCUGGUGGCCUCUCCUCGGGUGGUCACUGCAGGAGCCCCGGGGAUGGAGUGGCCAGCGAUGGCGGAGAAGCAGAACCCGGUGGACUACGGCGUCCAGAUCCGCUUCAUCAACGACCUGCAGGAGCCCCGCAAACCCCCCAAGGCGCGCACCAAACCCGGCUCCUACGGGGUGGCCGUGAGGGUGCAGGGCAUCGCUGGGCAGCCAUUCGUAGUCCUCAACAGCGGCGAGAAGGGUGGGGACUCCUUCGGGGUGCAGAUCAAGAGCGAGGGUUCCUACCAGACCCCCAUCGCCGGAUCCCGGCCCUCCGGCUCUGUCAGCUCUGACUCGGACCUGCCGGAGAACCCCUACGCGGGCCGGCAGCCGCGGCAUGGCUCGGCCCACAGCACCUCGGACGAGGAGGCCGGGGGUGCCUUGCCCGCAUCCCACCAUGAACCCAAAGUCCUGGUGGGCGAGGAGCUGCGGAGGACGCAGUCCUACGGGGACUUGCUCGGCGGCGCCGCAGACCUGCCCUUUGCCAGCGGCGCUCACCGGGUCGGCGGCGGCCGGCAGCAGCGGUCCCUGGCCGGCAGCAAGAGCAGCAGCAUGGUGAACAUCGCCUCGCAGCCAGGCCUGAGGACCACGGCCAAGGACCCCUCCUCGGACACUGAGACCAUGGUGGGUGCUGGCGGUGGCGGCAGCGAUGUGGACACCAAACCUCUGUCCUCGGUGGAUUCACUCAUCAGCAAGUUCGACGGCAGGGUCCAGCAGCGGGGGCGGGCGGCCAGGAGGGGCCGGAUCCCCUUGGAGGAGAGGAAACGCUCGCAGAGCCUGGACGGCCGCGUCUCCCACCACGACUUGCCCACUGCCCAGCACCAGCCUGGCACUGUUUGCCCCCAGCCCCUGGUGCCCACCAGUGUUGGCACAAAGCCCUCGCUGCCUACUGGCAGCCUGAGCCAGCCGAGCAGGACUGGAGGGAUGGUUGAGGUGGGGGCGAGGAGUCAGCAUGUGGAGGAGCCUGUGGCCAAGCAGCUCAAAUCCACCCCGGACCUGCUGCGGGACCAGCGGGAGGUCACGCAGCCCGGCAGCACGGAGCACCCCAAGGAGCUCAUCUACAGCAUCCUGAAGGAAGGGAGCAGUGAGAGUGAAAUCUCCCUGCGGAGGAAGGCUGCCAGGCUGCUGGAGAAGCUGCAGGAGCUGGCGGCACCUGCCAAGGACACGGCCUGUUCCCAGCCCCAGCACAGGGACCUGGCCCAGAAGGUGGAGGAGCUGCAGGAGAAGCUCGAUGAGGAGAAUAAGCUCCGCCAGAAGCUGGAGCUACCCAGGGAGUCGGUGAGGAAGCUGAGGGUGGCUGAAGAGGAGAGCCAGAGACUGCGGGGGGCCCUGGAGAAGAAAACCCAGGAGCUGCAGAGAAGCCUGCAGGAGCUGAGUGAGGUGAGAACAUCCAAGGAGAAGGUGGAGAUCAGGCUGAGUGACUGCGAGGAGCAGCUGCUGGCCACCCACCAGGAGCUCAACCGCCUGCGCCGUGGCUCCAGCACAGCCCUGGACAAUGAAGCUCUCUACAAGGAGCUUCUGGAGACCAGGGAGGAGCUGGAGGAGACCCUGAGCUCCAAACAGCGUCAGGAGGAGCAGCUGCGGCUGCGGGAGCGGGAGCUGACAGCGCUGAAGGGAGCCCUCAAGGAGGAGGUGGCCAACCAUGACAAGGAGCUGGACCGUGUCAGGCAGCAGUACCAGAGUGACGUGGAGCAGCUGCGGCGCAGCAUGGAGGACAUCUCACAGGAUCAGGCCAACCUGGAGUCAGAGAAGCAGAAGAUCAGCAGCGUGGUGAGGAACCUGCAGCGAGAGCUGGAGGAGAGCACGGAGGAGACCGGGCACUGGAGGGACAUGUUCCAGAAGAACAAGGAUGAGCUCCGCAGCACCAAGCAGGAGUUGCUGCAGGUGAAGCUGGAGCGGGAGGAGUUUGAGGAGGAGCUGCAGGAGCUGCGGGAACGUUUUGCAGCCGCCCGAGAGGAGGUGGAGCAGGCCCGGAACAGCACCGUGGACCCUGGCGAGCUGGAGGCCCUCAGGAAGGAGCUGCAGCAGGCACGGGAGGCACAGGGGGAGCUGGCAGCGCAGAAGCAGAGGCAGGAGGAGCUGCUGCAGCGGCGGGAGCAGGAGCUGGUGGCACUGAAGGGCUCCAUGGAGGAGGAGACCUCCAGCAGGCACGGGGAGCUGGAGCGGUACUGCAGGGACCUGGAGCAGCUCCAGAAGGAGCGUGAUGAGGCCACCAAGGCAAAGGCCUCCCUGGAGAGUGCGCAGGAGGCGGCAGAGCAGGCAAGGAGGACGCUGGAGGCCAGCCUGAGGGAGCUGCAAGAGCACAAUGAUGACCUGAGGAGGAAGGUCCUGGGCAUGGAGAGCCACCUGAAAGAGUAUGAGCGCCUGGGCGAGAACUGGGAGGGCUCCCAGGCACGGCUCAAGGAGAAGGUCACCAAACUGGAGACAGAGCGCAGGCAGAUGGAGGAGUCCCUGAGUGAAGCCUCAGAGCGGGAGCAGGAGCUGCUGAUGGCCAAGAGGUCCCUGGAGACUCGUCUGGAGGAUGCCCAGCGGGGCCUGGCACGGCUGACCCAGGCCCACCAGGAGCUGAGUGAAGCCUUCCACGAGGAGCAGCGGCAGAAGGAGCAGCUGAGGCGCACCAAGGGCGAGCUGGAGGAGCAGAAGCGGCUGCUGGACCGCACCACCGAGAAGCUGAGCAAAGAGUUGGAGCAGAUGACAGAGGAGUCCCACAGCUCGCUGGCGGAGCUGAAGGCACAGCUGGAGGAGUUCAAGGAGAAGUCCCGGAAGGAGAUAACAGACUCCCAGAAGCAAGCCAAGGACCGAGGGGCAGAGGUGGAGAAGAUGCAGUUCAGCAUGGUCCGGCUGCAGGACGAGGUGACAAGGCUGAAGCAGGCGCUGCAGGAGAGCCAGGAGGAGCAGGAGAGCAUGCGGCUGGACAAGGAGCUGCUGCUGCAGCGCCUGCAAAACCUGCAGCAGGAGAUGGACACCAAGAAGCGCUCCCAGGACGAUCGCUCACGGCACCUCAAGGCCAUGGAGGAGAAGUCCAAGCGCCUGGAGGUGGAACUGGAUGAGGAGAGGACCACAGUGGAGCUGCUGACAGAGAGGGUCAACAGGAGCAGAGAUCAGAUUGACCAGCUGCGGGCAGAGCUGCUGCAGGAACGCUCCAGCAGGCAGGACCUGGAGUGUGACAAAGCCUCCUUGGAGCGCCAGAAUAAGGAGUUGAAGAACCGCCUGGCCAGCUCUGAGGGGCUGCACAAACCCAGCAGCAACAUCCCCCAGCUGGAGGCACGGCUGGAGGAGCUGCAGGACAAGCUGCAGGCAGAGGAGAGGGAGAAGAGUGUCCUGCUGUCCUCCAACCGCAAGCUGGAGAGGAAGGUGAAAGAGUUGACCAUCCAGAUUGAUGAUGAGAGACAGCAUGUCAGUGACCAGAAGGACCAGCUGAGCCUGCGGGUGAAGGCCCUCAAGCGCCAAGUGGAUGAGGCAGAGGAGGAGAUUGAGCGGCUGGAAGGUGCCCGCAAGAAGGCACAGAGGGAGCUGGAGGAGCAGCACGAACUCAACGAGCAGCUGCAGAACCGCAUCAAGGCACUGGAGAAGGAGGCUUGGCGCAAAGCUACACGCUCGGCCACUGAUUCCUCGCUGCAGGAUGACCCCCUCAGCUCGGAUGAUGAAGAGUUCGACAGUGCCUACGGCCCUUCCUCCAUCACCUCGCUGCUCAACGAGGCCAACCUGCAGACCAGUUCCUGCUGACCCCUGCCCACCCCACCCUGGAGCCCAGCUGCAUUCCCGGAACCGGCCGAGAGGGGACCGGCGGCAGCCACCACAGCGGCUGAAGGCAAAAACUCUUCUCCCAGCACCGAGCUGCGGGAAACUGCUGCAGGAGCAGCGGGACGAGGACCUCCAGCUGGGCACCAUCUCAGCUCUUCUCCUCCUUACGGGUCUCAGGCUGCCUUGGCACCGUGGCUGUUUGCUGGGGGUAGCCACUGGCCGCAGCUAGUGCCCCUAUCGGUGACUGGGUCCCAACCC